AUGCCAGCAUUGAUAUUCGCAGAAAGCGGUUCACGAAGCAAUUGGUCGGAUAUUAAUUGCGAUGAAUUUGAUGAAAUUUACAACAUUCAAAAUAGUUUUUUAUGGCAGCAUCGAGGUGAGAGCUAUGUUUUAUUGUUAUAUGGCCUGGUGUGUGUUUUUGGAACAUUGGCCAACUUAUUUGUUCUAAUUGCAUUCUUACGAACUUCACAUAUACGUAAUUUACGCAACUACUUUAUUGCAAAUUUGGCUGUGUCAGAUCUUCUACUAUGUGUUGUCACCGCACCUGUCACAGUUUAUCUUACGAAAAAUCUGUUUUGGCCAUUUGGCAGUUUCGCUUGUCAAACGUUAGCUUCGGUGCAAGCUAUAAACAUGUUUGUAUCGUGCAUGACACUUGUGCUAAUUGCUAUGGAUCGAUUCUUAUUGACUUUGUGUCCAGUCAAAUGGAAGCUUGCUGCAACAGCACCAAUUAUGUGUUACUUUAUUGUUUGGUUGACAUCGAUUUUGAUUUCAACGCCGUAUUUUUUUGCAGUUACUGCUGAAAAUGUCAUGCUUGAACCGUGGAAUCAACCUUACACUGAUGUUAUGCUUCAUAUUUGUCGGCGUAAGCGACCGCAGACGUGUAUCGAAAAGGCUUGGCAUCGGUUGCCUUUUUCAAGGCGCACGUAUACACUUUCAGUACUGGCUAUACAAUACUUACUUCCACUCACAGCUUUAGUAUUCAGCUACUCACAAAUUGGUUCUGCUAUUCGCAAACGUGUCAAAGCGAGCACAACGAUAGAUCAGCAGCGUCGACAACUUAUGAUUCAAAGAAAUAGAAAAGCCUUAUUGUUGUUGCUACUGUUAGUAUUGGUUUAUGCAAUAGCAUGGUUCCCAAUGAAUGCUUACAAUGUCCUCAAUGUCCUGGAAGUAAUCGAAUUCUCUCAAUACAGGUAUCUGUUUUGUCAUUUAGUUGGAAUGACAUCUGCAUGCAUAAAUCCCGUCUUGUAUGCACUGAUAAAUGAUAAUUUUCGAGCGGCCUUUAUUUCUGUUCUUCGACCAGUUAUUCGUCCAUGUACAACAUAUUCAUCCGUCCCGAUAAACCAACAAAACACUUAUACGUUUUCCUUCAACGAACAUCAGUUAUUCAAGCAUCAAGAGGUGUUGGCGAAAGUUUCAUGUAUAAAACAAUAUGAAAGCUUGGGACGCCAUGGACAAUCCCUGAAUCAAAUCUCCUAUCGUUGA